AUGGAGGAUAUGGCAAGGCUAGCUGUGAUAGAACAAAGUGUUCGAGAUGUAGAUAAGUUUAAUAAAAUUCUGUACGAACUUCUGCAAUAUAUUAGUCAUAUUUUAGAAAAUCCUCACGAUAAUGAACUGAGAACAAUAAAGAGCGAGAUUCUUAAAGAUGUGUUAAACUGUGACGCUUUCAAAGAGUACUUGAAAUAUGUCGGAUUUAAACCGGAGGGAACAGAAGUAAUUUACCCGAAGGAGCAGACAUUAAACAACUUGAGGAUGGCUCAGGCAUCAAUAGAGAGGAAGUUAUGUUUCUGUUACGGAGCCGUGAACAGGCAGAAGAGAGUCAAGUUUAGUCAGAAGAAGACUAGUUUGAAACCGACUAAGAUUCUGACAACAAAUAACAGUCUACUAUUAAAAAUAGAGAGGUUGUUCAAUGAUGUCCUAGCGUAUGAGGACGAGGAUCUCCAGGAGUAUGCACGGGAACAGAUACCGAUAGUCACACUCCAGCUGUUGGCGCUAGAGCGGGUACGGGAGAAUCAGAAGUUAAUUAAAACUGGUGAACUCAAAGGUCUGGAUCUACCGUUCGACAUAGCUCUGCUGAUGGAGCUGAUGAGCUGGUUCAAGUACAAGUUCUUCAAGUGGGUGGACCAGCCCCCCUGCGAGGGGUGCGGGGGACAGACCUCCUUCAGUAACAUACUCACCGUUACCACUGAUAAGGAGACUUGUCGGAUGGAGGUGUACAACUGCGUUGCGUGUCCGGUGGGCGCGAAGUUCGUGCGGUACAACGACCCGCGCACGUUGCUGCGCACGCGCCGCGGCCGCUGCGGCGAGUGGGCCAACUGCUUCGCGCUCAUAUGUCGCGCGCUCGGGUACGACACCAGGCUCAUAUACGACACUACCGACCAUGUCUGGUGCGAGAUAUUCGACUACGACUCCAACACAUGGCUACACGCGGACCCUUGCGAGGCGAAACUGAACGCGCCCCUCCUGUACUCACACGGGUGGGGCAAGAAACUAUGUUACGUCAUAGCAGUAUCCAGGGACGAUGUACAAGACGUCACCUGGAGGUACACCAACGACCAUAAAGCUGUGUUAUCCCGUCGCAAGGAGUGCUCGGAGCAGGAGUUGUUGUCGUGUAUACUGACCCUGCGGGAACACCGACAGAGACAAGUGUCGGAGCCGCGGAGGAGACAUCUUGCUAAACGGACGCUGCAGGAACUUGUCACUCUUAUGGUGGAGAAAAAACCAACAGACUAUGAAUCCCACGGAAGAAUAUCAGGGUCGAAGCAGUGGCGCAGUGACCGCGGCGAGGUCGGGCCGCAGUCCCCGGGCCACAGCUUCUCGUUCCCCCGGCCCGGCCUGUGCGCGCUGCACUACCACGCCGCCACCGACUGCUACCGCGUGCUGCGCGACGGGGACGAGCUCAGCACCCUGCCCAGCUGGGCGGCGGGCGUCUACGACCACAAGAAUAUCUUCAGGAAAGUUGAACACGACUGGAAGAAAGUUUAUCUGGCUAGAGAAGAGGGCGAAGCAGUGGGGCACGUGUCGUGGCGCGUGUGCGCGGGCCCGGGGCUGCUCCUGUCGCGGCUGCGCGCGCGCGUGGCCACGCAGCUGUACUCCACCGGGACACUCACGUGGACGCUGCAGUACGACGACUUACCGCCUGUACCUGCCAACUUCGAUAAUGACGACAUACAGCGCGGCGUCACACUGGACCGGACGUGUCAGUCGUUAAUACUUCGCGUGGAACUAACUGGCGGGGAAGGCGACGUCGCCUGGCAACACGCACAACUCUGCAGACAACCACUAGAUGGCGCCCCGCCUGCACUGCAAAUUAGUGCUAUAGUCAUACCAAGGACUUAG